AUGACUGAUGCACAGGUGGUGUGUAGACAGCUUGGAUGUGGUAAUGCUGUCAGCGCUCAUCAAAGUGCCCACUUUGGUCAGGGAAGUGGCCCAAUAUGGAUGGAUAAUGUUGGGUGUUUUGGAAAUGAAAGCACCAUCACACAGUGCACUCAUAGGGGAUUUGGAACACACAAUUGUAACCAUGGUAAAGAUGCUGGUGUUAUAUGCUCAGGAUCUCUGGCUCUCUACAUCGGUGUUGGAGUGACAGCAGGACUGCUUCUCAUCUUAGUUCCAGUCAUCGUUUGCUUGGUGAAGAGAAGGAAAAGUCAGAACUUUCAGACAGAGAAGAAGGAUACACAGUGUGCUAAAAUCACAAAUCAGAGUCCCCAAGGACAGAUUGGGACAGAUGAUGGUGCUUAUGAAAACGCAGAAAUCUUCUACCAGAAAAAGGAUUCAGAGGACUCGGAUAAUGACUAUGUUAAUGUUGAUGCUAAUAAACACAGAGUUGACAUGGACAAUGACUAUGAGGAUGUAGAUAUCUAUGAAAACUAAAUGUAGUGUGAAAAACAAUCCAGAAAUGAUAACAUGGUUAGAAUGAAUAGUUUUCUAUUGUCAAGAUAUCAUUGUAGAUUAAAGAUUGUGUAAUUUGUACAGACUUCAUAAACAGCUUGAUCAUUACUAAAGGAUGAUUUACCCAAAACAGGCCCCCGAAUAUUCUGUAAUAACUCUUGCUUGUCAAUGUGUGACAAAUUGCUCCGUCUUGCUGGAAGUAACGUUCUAUCAACUCACGAUCAUCCCAGAAUGUUCAAACAUGUUCAAAACACUGUAUGCUGUUUCGUUCAGAUUGCUUCAUCCUAACAAGACUUAUUACAGAAUAUCCGCGGCCUCUUUUAAAUGUUCUGUAAUAACCUCUUUUCUCAUCUGUUUAAUAAAACUUUUCUCACAUUUUCUUACUUGUUAAACUAACAUUCAUCUUACUACUGAUGUUACAAUUGUUUGAUAUCAAACAAUUAUAUUAACAUGAA